CUAUCUCAGAGUCAGCAGAGUGUCUAGGUCAGUACAAGUUGUAGUAAUUAGCCAGAAAAUUCAUCAGGAACAAGCCACAGAUCGAUGGAUAGUCUCCAAAGAACAGCAUGGGCCAGGUGAAUCUGGAUGUCCUGGUGCAGGAAUCACAGGUUAGUACGUAGGUAUAGUGAGUAAUUGGGAAAACUGGUGGUUAUAUUUGAUUGUGAGGGGAAUUGAAUGUAAGUGUAUGAAGGUUAUUCUUCCAUUACACAGGGCACUGGUGAUACCACGUCUGGAAUACUGUGUACAGUUUUGGUCACUGUACUUACGGAAGGAUGUUAAUGUUUUGGAAGCAGUUCAGAGAAGAUUCACUCGACCAAUAUCUGCAAUGAGCAGAUUGCCUGGCUUUGUGCUCGGUGGGGCAUUUGGAAUCUUCACGGCUGGUAUUGAUACCAAUGUUGGCUUUGAUCCGAAGGAUCCAUUGCGGACGCCAACUGCCAGGGAAGUUUUGAAAGACAUGGGGCAGCGUGGAAUGUCAUACGCAAAGAAUUUUGCUAUCGUUGGAGCCAUGUUUUCUUGUACAGAAUGCAUCAUUGAAUCGUACCGUGGAAAGUCAGAUUGGAAGAACAGUGUGUUGAGUGGCUGUGUAACAGGAGGAGCAAUCGGUUUCCGAGCUGGCCUAAAGGCAGGAGCCAUUGGAUGUGGUGGGUUUGCUGCAUUUUCUGCAGUCAUUGACUACUACUUACGAUGAACUGAACUCCAAGCUACCUUGCUGCAAGCGGUAUGGGAGUAUUGGCUGUCAAAGCCCCAGCACAGUGAGUGAGCUGGAACUGACUCGUGUAUAGUAAGCACAUGUGAAUGAGCACAUAGAACAUUGCUGACUGCAGCCAGUGCCUCUCAAUAUGUAUCUCAGCCAUGGGACAAACCCAGGUCUAUUAUUGAAACAAGGUGACAGGUCUGAACGGAGAUUCCAAUCCAGGACAAAGUUCAUGUUUUGAUCUGUUGUUGCUGCUCUGUCCUAUAAUGUAAAACAUUUAUUGACAUAAUGGAGUGGAAUAAAAUCUAUUGUUUUAUAAA